CACAUACUCCAACCCACUCUCUCUCUCUAAGUUCUGACCCCAAUUUCUGUGGCGGCUCUCUCUCUACUUAUUCUCUUCUCAGAUUGAGAUUUGGAUCCAUCUUCUUCUCCUUCUUUCUGUCUCUGAUUUGAUCUUUUCCUUCCUCUUCGUGUUUUUUUUCAUCCGGUUGGGUUGGGGUCUUCAGCUUCAACUUCAACGAUAGCUAUGGUUACCCCACAGCCACAGCUUCAGGUUCAGCCUCAACAGCCCGCACCCUCUUCGCAAGAUGAGGCCUUGAAGAGGAACACCGAUUGUGUCUACUUCCUUGCAUCUCCUUUGACAUGCAAAAAGGGAAAUGAAUGUGAGUACCGCCAUAGUGAGUAUGCACGUGUUAAUCCUAGGGAUUGUCGUUAUUGGUUGAGUGGCAACUGUUUGAAUCCCAAAUGUUCAUUUCGUCAUCCGCCUCUUGAUGGCUUGUUAGGAACACAGGCAGCAACAGCUGGUGGACCAUCUGUAUCUGCACCCCCAUCACAGAUUCCAACAGCAUCCGCAACACAUGCAUCUUAUAAUUCCACUAAACAAGCUGUCCCUUGCUUUUUCUUCCAAAAGGGGCUUUGCUUAAAAGGUGACAGAUGUGCCUUCAUGCAUGGACCUCCUGCUCCUAGCACUGGUAAUAAAGUAGCUGCUCAGGUUCCAGUUACCAGCCAAGGAGCCGAGAAUCCUGGUUUUAAGAAGCCUUUUGGAACCAAUGAAAAAUAUACUCAGGAAAGGAAAACUUCCCAAGGAAGUGUUGCAAAGUCAGGUGGGGGUCCUGAACCUAAACCUGCCCCAAAAAUUGAAUCUGCUCCUAAAAGAAAUAUGUUUGAAUUGGAGAAGGAAAUGCUACCAGUAGGAUUUGAUAAUGAGGCUUCUAGAUUUAAGACAAGUUCUCCACCAGUAACCAAUGGCCCUACUGUAGUCCGGUCAAGCCGUCUGCAUCAAGCUCGUGUGCCAGAUGAUCACACUUUCCACAGUGGCAAGGACAAUGAUGAGUUUCUCAGAGAAUCGUCUCCUGGGUUCGAUGUCCUUGUAGCCGAUGAACUUAGGAAUUCUGAUUACUAUCAUGGGGAAGAUGAAUUUGGUAAAGCAAGAGGUCCAAAUGAAAAGAACUUAGACUCUUUGAACGAAUAUGAUUUAGGGCAUUCUGGUGAAUAUGGUUUAGCAGCUGAUAUUGAUCGGGAAAGAUUUCGUGUGCCCCAAGGUUAUGAGUCAUAUGAUCACACGCAGGAACCAUAUCUGUGGGAGCAGCACAGGAAGGCUUCGGCCCAUUUAGACAGAAGGACUCGCCGCAGAUCUGGUAGUCCUGAAAAUGCUGAGGUCUCAGAUCUCCGACAUCACUUAUCCAAGCGCAGAAAGGUCAAUGGUUUGAAAUCUGUUGUCAGUCAUGAUUAUGCCCUUGAGGGUCAUGGUGAGGAACAAAGUCAUCGAUCCUUCUCUAGGAAGGACUCACUCCAGUUACCUCUGAAUGAGAGCUCCCUCGGUAAUCGCUUCCGUGGUAGAAUAAAACUUCCUGGAAAUGGUGGUGCUGAUCAGCUAGAGAGGGAUGACAGAGGGAGAAUUAGAGGCAGGUUGUUGCCUGGAAGGUUGCAGGCCACUCAGCAAGGAAGGAUCCAUGAUAGAAUGCGAGGAAGGUUGCAAGAUGAUGAGAGGAGAAACUCAAAAGAUCGAUUAAUGGGGAGAGAACUAAUAGGUGGUGAUAGGAGUGAUUUUGCUGGGCCAAAAAGUCUGGCAGAGCUUAAAAAUGGGAGGAACCCUGAAAAUAGGGAACCACAACCACUGGGAAAGAGAGGAACUUUAAGAGAUGAUCACCCACAGUCUGAAGAUGAUCUUCAGUUUGAUGGUCCAAAGCCUCUCAGUGAAAUUUUGAAGGAGAAGAAAAGAGGAGGACCUGGAGGCAGAGCUGAUGCAGACUCGGGGAAUGGCAAAUCAUCUAAUAUUAAAAAUGAAGAAGUUACCAAUGGCUCAGAUCCUACCCAGGUCACGAACACACAAAACGGUGUGCUGUCUGAGAUCAAGGAAUAUGUCAACAAUCAAAAUAAUGAAGAAUCCAAGGUUGAGGUCACUGAUGCAGUUGGAGGAGAGACUGGUGCAACUGAUGGUCAAUACGAGGAGGGAAUAUACGAUGAAGCCGGUGAAGAUCAGUAUUACGAAGGUGAUGAUCAGAGAGAAGGAGAUUAUGAGUAUGAACAAGGUGAUGAGGGUUACUACGAGUAUGAACAAGGUGAAGAGGGUGAAAAUCAGGAGGAAGAGUACAUGGAUGAAGAAGAUGGGGAUGAUUUUGCUAAGAAGAUUGGUGUCAUUCAUUCAUAAGCGUGGAAAUUCUGAGAAAAAAGGGAGCGUGUCCUACUCAUGAUCAAGUCUCAUACAGGUCUCUCUCUCUCUCUCUCUCUCUCUGACUGGGCAGCAUUUCUGCUUAAAAUUUGGUUGUAGAACUCAGAACAGCUAUCACUAUCAGUUUGUUUUCUUGUAUUAAUUAGUCCUUUUUACUCUUACUGUAUUUUCAUCAAAUUUAAUGGAUAUUUUUAUGUGAUCAGUGGGGCAUUUUGCUGUGCUCUCCGCAUAUAAAUGUCGUGCAGAGUGGUGCAGGCCUUUAACCUUAGAAAGUUAAUAACAUUUGCAUUCACGUGCUAGUUUUAUCAUAUAC